AUGACAAGAAGGAGCAUGGGUCGUCAAAGGGUUGACAUGGUGAAAAUGAAGAAAGAGAGUAACUUACAAGUUACUUUCUCAAAGCGUCGUGCUGGUCUCUUCAAAAAGGCUAGUGAACUAUGUACGCUAUGUGGUGCUGAAAUUGCCAUUGUGGUAUUUUCCCCGGGCAAUAAAGUUUUCUCUUUUGGCCACCCUAGCGUGGACACGUUGGUGGAGAGGUUCCUCGGGGGAAACCUCCCUCCACCAAAUAAUGAUGUCCAUAACCAACUCAUCGUGUCUCAUCGAAAUGCUGGUCUUCGUGAGCUCAAUGCGAAGCUCACGAACAUCGAGGGGGUUCUCCAGAUGGAGAAAAAUCGUGGAGAAUCCCUAAAAGAAAUUAGGAGGAGAGCUAAUGGUCGUUGGUGGGAAUCUCCUAUCGAAGAACUUAGCUUAUUCCAACUUCAACAAUUGAGGGAGGCAUUGGAAAUUCUAAAGCAAAAAGUUGAAAAAGAGGCACAACAACAACAAAUGGUGAAUAAUAAUGUAUUCCCAUUUCACACAUUUGGAAGUGCCUUGACUCCUAAUGGUUCUAGGGCAAGUUCUUCACAUGGAUACAAUUUUGGUGCACCCUUUACUAAUAGGGCUAGUGGAUCUACUUCUUCCAUAGUUCCCAAUUACUAG